GGCGCUUGGCGAUGACGCAGAACUUCCUGAUUGGCUCUGCAGCGGAGGCGGUGGUUCAGUGGGCCGCGAGUUCUGCGAGCCGAACACGUGUUACCUCCUGCAAGGAGUUUAAGGGUCCUGGCGGUACCGAGAGUUGUAAUCUACGGGCUCAGUCUCCCCAGUAAUAUUGCCGGACACAUACAUCUGAGAGAGAAAAGGACUUGACUUCCUUUCUUCCGGCCUCUGCCCGGUGGUGAGCUGCUCAGCCGGAAGUUGAGUUUACCAGGUACUUGAACCUGGAGGAGUCCCUAAUGAUGAAGCUGAGUCUCACCAAAGUCGUUAAUGGCUGUCGUCUAGGAAAAAUACAAAACCUGGGCAAAGCAGGCGACUGCACAGUGGACAUUCCAGGCUGUCUUCUGUACACCAGGACUGGUUCAGCCCCACACCUGACGCAUCACACACUGCACAAUAUCCAUGGGGUCCCAGCCAUGGCCCAGCUCACACUGUCAACCUUAGCAGAACAUCAGGAAGUCUUGGCAGAGUAUAAGAAAGGAGUUGGAAGCUUUAUAGGCAUGCCAGAAUCGCUCUUCUACUGCUCCUUGCACGACCCAGUCAGCCCCGGCCCAGCUGGCUAUGUAACAAAUAAGUCUGUGUCUGUGUGGGGUUUUGGAGGUCGAGUGGAAAUGACUGUUUCCAAGUUCAUGGCAAUUCAGGAGGCCCUGCAGCCAGACUGGUUCCAGUGCCUUUCAGACGGGGAGGCAUCUUGUGCAGAAGCAACUUCCAUCAAAAGGGCCAGGAAGUCUGUGGAUCGGUCCCUUCUGUUCCUGGACAGCUGUUUGCGCUUACAGGAAGAGUCUGAGGUCCUUCAGAAAAGUGUGGUUAUUGGAGUGAUUGAAGGUGGAGAUGUGAUGGAAGAGAGGUUGAGGUCCGCACGAGAGACAGCCAAGCGGCCCGUGGGGGGCUUCCUUCUGGACGGCUUUCAAGGGAAUCCCACAGUCACUGAAACCAGGCUGCACUUGCUGUCAUCAGUCACCGCAGAGCUGCCAGAGGACAAACCAAGGCUCAUCUGCGGUGUAAGCCGGCCAGAUGAAGUGCUCGAGUGUGUUGAAAGAGGAGUGGACUUGUUUGAGAGUUUUUUCCCAUAUCAAGUGACGGAGCGGGGCUGUGCCCUGUCUUUCACCUUUGAUUGCCAGCUGAAUCCUGAAGAGACAUGUGGGUCUUUGAUGUUCCUCACCCUUAGCUUUCAGUUUCUCCUAUUUCCUGUGACUUUUUGGCCCAAGCCGCACAGCACAAAUAUGUACACGUCGCACCAGCCUUUCAUUAAAGUAUUGCAACAAAAUGGAAUCCAAGAAGAAAUAAAAUGCUUGGAUCAAGUAAAGAAAAUUGAAACAACUGGGUGCAACCAAGAAAUGACAUCAUUUGAAAUUAAUCUGAAGGAGAAAAAGUAUCAGGAAGAUUUUAGACCACUCGUGAAUGGGUGCUCCUGUUACUGCUGUAAGAAUCACACUCGAGCAUACAUCCACCAUCUGCUCGUGACCAAUGAGCUCCUGGCUGGUGUCCUGCUGAUGAUGCACAACUUCGAACACUACUUCAGAUUUUUCUGCUCCGUCCGGGAGGCACUGAAAAGUGACACGCUGGCACAGCUGAAAGAACUCAUCCACAGACAAAUGUCUUGAGAACUGGAAAAUACAAACCUGUCUUGUUUCCAAAAACGGUAAAGACUAGAGAUCUGAGCUUUCAGCAUUUAUGAUGGGAAUAAAGACCAUCUGCCUCAAAGUGCCCAUGGGAGUGUGGAGGAAGGCCUUCUAGAGAUUGCAGUAGACCAGAUUGAUCAGGAUGAUUUGAGCCGUGACUUUUACAAUUUUCUAGGCUAUUCCACUAGUAGAUUCAUUAAAUUGAUGACAAAGCUUUAGAUGUAAGAGAGAUUUUUGAAAGGAUGGUGAGGUUCUAGGAACUACUGAGAUGAGUGAGUGGAGAUGACUGUGUGAGUAGCUUGUCAUCUGGAGGCACAGCUGUUGCCUGGAGAAGAAAUCUAACUGAUUUGAACAAGGGUUUUUUGUUUGUUUCUCCUUAUGCUGUCAGGGGUUUAUGGAGAAUCUCUAUAGUCUUCUUAGGGGACAAUUUAAUGUCAGCAUGUUUUGAUGUAGUAAAACAGAAUGUCUCCUCCAGGGUCCAACUUUUCCUUGUUAAAAAACAUGGCAAAUACCAGGCAGCAGUGGCGUGCGCAUUUAAUCCCAGCACUCCCAGUACUUGGGAGACAGAGACAGGUGGAUCUCUGAGUUUGAGGACAGCCUGGUCUACAGAUCGAGUUCCAGGACAGCCUCCAAAGCCACAGAGAAACCCUGUCUUGAAAAACAAACAAAAUAAACAUGGCAAGACAUUCUGGUUGUAAUUCAUCAGUCAAGUAAUCCAGGCAACAUGGUCUUGGUUCAGAAUCCUUCAUGACUUUGGGGAACAGCAUGGCAUCAGAAGCUUUCAGUUCAGCCUGUGAGAUAUUUGGGCCUCUUCUCUUCAGCUGAGGGUCAUGCAUUGACUGACUUCCUAGUCUUCUCUCCCAGUGUGAUUUCUCUUACAGAUAGAAGCAGAUCUGCAUAUUCCAUCUCCUGAUCAACACUGUUACUCAUUUUCUAAGUACUUGCUCUGUUGCCCAGAUAAAACCCUUUCCUCAGGCUGACAGCACACACUGACCAACUGGCAGUCUCGGAACUCCUGUGCAGAGGUGUGCUGGGGUGGCCCACAUUUUUUUUAAUGGAUCAAUAAGUUUGUUCUGUGGUUUGAAGUGUUUGGUGAUUGGCAUCUGCAGGUCCUGAGGCUGGUUGUCCUUCCUGGGUUCUCUGUGAUUCUGUAUUUUUGUUGGUGGUAUGACAGGGGUUUUUUGUUUUGUUUUAUUUUUUUUUGUAUGUGUGCUUUUCUAUAUUAAUUUUUCUAAGGAAUACACAAAACAUAUACAUGUGUGUAUAUAUAUAUGCAUGUAUAUAUAUAGUUUUUAUAAAAAUACAAUUUAAAAUACUCAUUUUUUGGGUACAAGAAAUGCAUUUCUUAUAUUGGCUGCAAUUUAUAGUGGGCAUUACUGAACAUUGUAUAUAGUAAUUAUGUAGUUAUUGCAUUUUUAUGUGUUAGAAACCCAACUUUGUUUUUCCAUUUAGUGGUAUAAUGGCUUUGCAUCUCAAUGGAUGCAAAGGGUUUCUGUUCUCAAUGAUCUGUAUUGAAUGUAUUUUGUACUUGUUUAUGUUUAUAUUCUUGGUCAAUACAAACCCAUUAUUGAAGGAGUACUAAGAAUCCAUAUAAAUUUAUGAGUUUUAUUUAUGUCCAAAACACUGAAAAUUCUCUUAAACAUUGUUCAGGUCCCUAGGUCUUUUUCUUAUUAGCACAUUUGAAAAAAUCUUUUAUGUUUUAAAUGUGUAUAAAGGGCAAUAGCCAAUAAACAUUUUUAAUUAAAAAAACAAACAAAAAACCUCCA